AGACACUCUGCGAUAAGGGACAGUUUAAGUUUGCGUAUAAAACCACCGAGUGUUUCCAAUCACACCCACACACUCAGCGUCGUCUGAUCCACCAUGAACACCAUCAUGAAGACCACCGUCCUGGCCUGCCUGCUCGUCGCAGCGCUGCAGUUCAGUCAGGCGAUACCCCUGGCUGCCCCAGCGGAAUCUACCAACACUUUGGCGGUGCGAGGAGGAGCCGACCAAGCCAAGUGCGUCAUGGAGAUCGUCGGCACGCUGUUCAAGGAUGUGCCCGCGUGGAUCUACAUCUGCGUGGAGCAGGCACAGAAGGACCCGUCGCUGCCGCUCUUCAUCCAGUUCCCCAUCUGCGCCGCCAUCACUGGAGGCGCAGACUUCGUGCGUCUGGCUAUGGAUGUCGUGCAGAAGUGUCACUGAAAAACCGGCCACCUACAACUCCAGGUGCAUCUAUGCCUAUCCUCGCUACUAUCACGUUGUCCUGUUUCUCACUGCUAAAUAUACUUCUUCACUGCA